AUGCGGGACAAUGCUGCCCGUCUGCCGGCGCCAGAACAAAAACACUCCUUCCUGUGCGGGCAUCAAGACGCAGAAGAAUUCCUCCGUCGAACCAGGACCCCCGGCCGUCCGUCAGCAACAAGCGGACGCCCGCCCGCACGCAAACGCAACCAGGGGGCGCGGAAUGGAAGCCAUCGUGCGUGCCUCCAGAGGUGGAAUUCAAGACGCCGUGCCCGUGUGCGUCCGCUCAUCGAAGCCAAGCCAACAGCGAGAGGGGGUGCCACCACCGUAACCGUAGUAUCAAGUAGAUCAGACGCAAACCGAAUCAAGGACAGCGGGAAGCAAAGCUUGCCCGCUUCUUUUCCGUCCUCCUCGCAGCCGUUUAAGCUCGCCAAGCGCGGUGUUCCCAAGCGAGCUGCUUCUUUUUCUUCCGUUGCCCAUUCCCGCAAAAGCGAAAAAAACGGGUUUCCCAUCAAGGGCAUCGUCGCGGUGCGAUUCGCAGGCAGCGCCUUUCGUCGAUAUGCUUGCCGAACGAGGUCUCCCCCCUCCCCCCGCCGCCGGCGUCUUCAGCCUCAAAACCCAGUUUCCGAAGGAGCACCACUUCCAUUCCCACUCUUAACCACAUCCAGGUAG